AUGGCCAAGACGCUAGCUCAAGGACGCAAACCUGGGUCCGGUAGGAAACCGGGGAAAGCAAAGACGCUUGCGCAGGGUCGCAAACCUGGAUCUGGCAGGAAACCGGGUAGUAAAUCCAAGGUCACGAAGAAACAGGCAGACACAGGCGUAUCUGCCCCAUCCAAAGGACUCGACACCGUUAUUGAACUGCGCAUAUCUAAGGAUGCAGUCUCUGAGGGUGCCAAAAUCAUAAAUGCGACGGUCGAGAGGCCAUUAGAACUCACCCAGAUACCCGACGUUGGGAAGUCUAUCCAUAGUAUGCAGCCGUCUCAACCUCCUAUAGAUGAUCGAGACCGCACAAGAAUACCUCCUAUUGGAGAGUUACGUCCUAUUAGUGGUUUCAUUUCUCCCAUGAUGGGUGCAUCUAACAUGCCGUAUAUGCCAAUGCAGCACUGGAUGCCAGGAGCGGCAGCACCCUUCGCAUCUGGAUAUACCAGCUACAUUUCGACCAAUCUAUCACAGCCGAAGCCGCAACCCUCCUCCACGCAGGCCGUGUCCGUCGACAUCCCACGAGCGGUGAGACUGUUGUCGACAGACCGGUUGCCCCAAGUUCAAGAAAUGGGCGAACCUUUGCCUUCCGUUUCAUCUCAAUCCACCAAUACCAACUCCGAGUAA